GAACAUCGGCUUUACUCACUGGAAACAACCUCCGGUAACCUUCCUCCACACAGGGACAGGAUCUCUCCGGCAGAUAUCGCCGCCGCCACAUUCCUCCGCUCAGGAAAGAAACCCACACACUUUCUGGAUACGUUUUUUUUAGAUUUUAAUGCCUGAGUUAAUAAUUAAUCUAGCACUACUCUCGGGUAGUUUGCAUAAAUUUUCCUUUGGCGACGAGCGGCUGCGGUGCGGGGCUGAACAAAUCCGCAAGCUGUGUUUAGGUGCUCUCUACCAGCCCCUCUCUGGAUGCAUCAGACUCCCCUGCCCCGGGGCCCUGGACCCGGUGUGUGACCCCACCACCCUUACCCCAUUCCCCUUCUCUUUCCUCUCCCCCUGCCCCAAACUCCUUCCCACCUGUCCACCUCCACACUCCUGUUGUGGGCCCCCUGCCUCUCGACCAGCAUGCAGAGGCAGGGGGCCAUGGUGCCAUGGUAGCCUUCAGUGGACGCAACCCCCUCGCCAUGAGCAGCGUGACCCCUCCGGGGGGCAGGGUUCAGAGGUCGAACUUCACCCCGCAUCACUACAAACCCUUCAGCUCGCAUGCACACUACCAGCAGGUGAUGCUUGCAUUGCGUAAGCUACAGGAGAGUGGUUUUUACUGGGGGGCUGUAGGGGGCCGGGAGGCCAGCUCCCUGCUGCGCUCUGAACCACCUGGAACUUUCCUGAUCCGCGACUCAUCGGACCACCACCACUUCUUUACACUCUCUGUGCAGACGGCUCGUGGAACCAAGAACCUGCGCAUCCACAGCGAGGGAGGCGGCUUCUUUUUACAGCCAGACCCUCAAAACACCCUAGAGCCCCCACAGUUUGAUUGUGUGCUGAAACUCAUAGCGCACUACAUGGGGAAAGGGCCGGAUGCUGGAAGGAGCAGAGAUGGCGCAUGUGGGGGCAAUUCAGGAGAAGCUGAAAUGAAGGGGCGCAGCAUUUAUCUGAUCCACACCGGCGGAGAAAGGAUUCCCUUGGAAUUGCGCCGGCCCCUCGCAACUUCUCUAUCGUCCCUGCAGCACAUGUGCAGGAGGACCCUUAACAACCAAGGCUUAGGGGGGUCGGCGCAAGUUGACCAGCUCCCGCAUACACUUAGAGACUUCCUGCAGGAAUAUGACGCUCCUAUAUGACUGACAGGAACUGCAGAGGUUCCACUUCAUAGACCAGGUGCCUGGAGGACGGCACACAUCAGUUCUCAGCACAUACGUGAAUAUGGCGCCAUCAGAUACUGACCAGAGUUAGCCUUAGAUGCCAAUAUGAGGUCAGUUUUUCAUUGUGACUAGAAUCAGCUGAUCCCACAUCAGGUUUCAACACUGACGGAUGCCAUCUACCUAUUGUCUCCCACCGAACUGGAGUCUGGGAUGAGGAGUGGGAUUUGGGUAACCAACAAUUACCUCGUCCGUCCUGCCUUGCAAAAACCGACCACUGGGGUUAAUGGCAGAUGAAGCCAGAGGUCAAAGGUCACUGUUUCCUAUGAACUCAGACGCAGAGCAGAGCCUCGUAGAAGAUUAACCUGAUUGGUAGAUUUUUAGAUGACAGCGACGACAUGAUCAGUACAUCACACAGUGAUCCCUGUGGGGUUAAUGUGCUUAAGAAGAAACCCCUCUCCUCUGUCAGCCUGACAUUUACAACAUUUUGGAUCACUGGACAGAAAGAAGGCAAAGACCAGAAAGGCUUAGAGGGGGUAAAUGAAGUGGAGUUAUAGAGAAAAGGCAAAGUCCAAACGAGGGGCCCAAAGUGCAUACAGUAUUUGUUUGUCUGAGUGUGUGUAUUUGUGUGUUGUGGUGGCAUACACAUUUCCAUUGCUGCUUCCCGCAAAUGUUGCCUCAUAGGAGGGGGAGGGGGGGGGGGUCAUGCGCACACACAGGUACAGACCCACAUUUUGUUAGCGUGGGAAUGAGAGAGGGAGGAAAAAAGCAUUACAAAGCAUCUUUACCCUCUCCGGUUUGAUAUCGUGGUUCUCCUCCAUUAACUCUUCCCUGCCCCCCUUUUCAGAGUUGCAUGUGCGCUUUGACAGUGACAGAAAACAGACUGCUGUUGCCGAAACAAAAGCUUGUUACUCAGACAAAAGCCUCGGCACAGCACCAAACAAAACAGCAGAACUUAUUUUUAUCCAGACUGGCUGGAAAAAUGUCAGUGACACUGUAAAGCUCCUUGGGGAACGAUGAUAAUGAUUCCAGAGAUUGGCAGAGGGUGGAGAGGGUGCGAAGAAGGAUUGAACGAAGGAGAAAGAAGAGCGGGAAAUGGAAUUAGGCAAGGGAAAUUGAAGAGGACAGAGAACUGGGGAGUGGGCUCGGGUAGAGGAGUAGGGGGAGGAGACAUACUGGUAUGCAGCUAAACAAAAACAUUGACGUGAUUGAUGUCCCAGACUUAGAGGAAAUGAUGGCGCUCAACAGGACGCUGCUCCUGUAAAUGUAAAGCCAUGUUUACUAAAAGUAAUUUUUUUUCCCCCCUGUGAAAAAGAACAUUUUGGCCGAGUUUUAAUUCUGUCUUUAUAGACCCUCUUAUUUACAUUAUCAUCACAAGCUUAUUUCUUUUGGUCUUGGUGUGUUUGAGUGUGUCUGUCUGCUCUCUCCCUUCUGGUUUCCUCAAAUCACUGUUCAUGAAGGAGAUGAGAGGAAAUUAACUGUUAUGCGGACGGUUUAAUCCCUGGAACUUUAGAAAGGUCCCUCGCCUCAUCUACCCUCCAUUGUUACCUCUGAAGCUGGAGCGGACUGUUGGGUUUGUCUGUCUGAAUGUCAAGGGAACACAAGACUUCCUUAAAAUGAUUCUUAAAAAAAAAAAAAGCCUUUUGUAAAA